AUGGGGUUCUCUUUCAUGCAUUCUAAUGGGGUUCCUAUUGACACGUAUGCCCUUUGCAGCUCUUUGAAUGGUUGUUCUUUUGUUCAGAAUGUGGUGUAUGGAAAACAAAUUCACGCAUUCGUGGGGAAAUCAGGUUGGUUGUGUAGUGUUUUUGUUGGGAGUGCGAUUGUUGAUAUGUAUGCAAAAAAUUCUUUGAUUUAUGAUGCCGUUGAAGUGUUUGAUGAAAUGCCCAUGAAGAAUACUGUGUGCGCAAAUGCAUUGCUGGCUGGGUAUGGCGAGGCUAGGAUGUGGGUUGAAGGACUUGAAUUGCUACGGAAGAUGCAGGGUCUGGAUUUGAAGUAUGACCAGUUCACUCUGUCUGCUUCUUUACGAGCAUGCACUGGUUUAUCUGCAAUUGCACUAGGUAAGCAAGUGCAUGCUUAUAUACUGCGAACGGUUUAUGAUAUUACAAGUGAUGUUCAUUUGCAAAGCACAUUAGUUGAAAUGUAUGGGAAGAAUGGGAUGGUGGAAAAAGCAUGGAAUGUAUUCAAGUUUGCAGGACUUGGACGCCAAGAAGAUGGGAAAAGGGAUAUUAUAAUGUGGACUUCUAUGCUUAGUGUAUAUGGUAGAAAUGGGUGUUACAAAAGAGUAAUUGAACUGUACAACCAGAUGUUGAUGGAAGGGAUCAAACCAGAUAGGGUGGCUUUUGUGACAGUCAUAUCAGCUUGUGGUCAUACUGGCGAGGUGAAUCUUGGAGUCCAGUAUUUUGACUCCAUGCAGAGUGAUUUUGGGUUGGAACCUGGUCAAGAGCACUACAGUUGUUUGGCUGACUUGCUCUGUAGAGCUGGGGAAUUGGAAAAGGCAUGGAAGCUCGUAAAUGAUAUCAAAAGUCGGGAUUACAAUGUUUCCCUGUGGGGAGCUUUACUCCGUGCUUGCUUGGAACAGGGAAAUAUUAAGUUGGGCAAUUUGGCAGCUCGUAGGGCACUUGAAUUGGAUCCUCAGAAUACUGGGAUAUUAGUUAUGCUAUCGAAUCUAUAUGCUGGUUUUGGCUUGUGGAACGAGAUAGAGCAUUUGAGGGAAUCUGUGAGAAAGGAAGGGCUGUAUAAAGAUGUUGCAUGCAACAAGGCAAAUAAUGAGACUGUUAUAACAAUUUUGGCUCGGUUAGAAGAUGAUGUGAAAACAACAAAAGAUCAUUGCCAACAAAGAUUAUAUCCCAGGCGAGGUACAGAUGGUCUCCUCGUCAAAGCUAUACUUUAUAGAUUCAAGUUGCUUCGUGCAUUCUCAGCCUUAACAGAGGUCUUCCCUUCCAACAUCCACAAGUUUCACUUCACAGAUUAA